UUCCCCAGGCUCGGGGAAUGGUUUUGUUCCCUUGGAUGAAUGCUGGAUAUGUAGGGUUUCGUCAGGCUCUGUACGUCCUGACAUGCUUAGACUUUCCGUGUUACAAAAAUGGAGACUAAGGCUGUCGUUUGGAUUGCUGCUCUGCACUACAAGUGCAAGGGGGGUUUUGAGCUUACCCGUAGUGACACUUUUAGCUUCAGCUUGCUUUCCACCCCUCCUCCUCCUUUUAAUUUAAUGCUGUAGAGGGUGACUUGCCAUCCAUAAGAAAUUGGUACAUGAUGUGUAAAUUCAGUUCAGCUUAUGUUUCUUCAUUAUGAAACCACUUGCAAUCCCGGCUAACCAUGGAGUUAUGGGCCAGCAGGAGAAACACUCUCUUCCUGCAGAUUUCACAAAGCUGCACCUUACUGACAGUCUCCACCCACAGGUGACCCACGUUUCAUCUAGUCACUCAGGAUGUAGCAUCACUAGUGAUUCAGGAAGCAGCAGCCUUUCUGAUAUCUACCAGGCUACAGAAAGUGAGGCUGGUGAUAUGGAUCUCAGUGGGUUGCCAGAGACAGCAGUGGAUUCUGAGGAUGAUGAUGAUGAAGAAGAUAUUGAAAGGGCAUCGGAUCCUUUGAUGAGUAGGGAUAUUGUUAGAGACUGCUUGGAGAAAGACCCAAUAGACAGGACAGAUGAUGACAUUGAACAACUACUGGAAUUCAUGCAUCAAUUGCCUGCUUUUGCCAACAUGACAAUGUCAGUGAGGAGAGAGCUCUGUGCUGUAAUGGUGUUUGCAGUUGUGGAGAGAGCAGGAACUAUUGUACUAAACGAUGGGGAAGAGCUGGAUUCCUGGUCGGUCAUUUUGAAUGGCUCCGUGGAGGUGACAUACCCUGAUGGAAGAACAGAGAUACUCUGCAUGGGGAACAGUUUUGGUGUUUCCCCUACCAUGGAAAAGGAAUAUAUGAAAGGAGUGAUGAGAACCAAAGUGGAUGACUGCCAGUUUGUUUGUAUAGCCCAGCAAGAUUACUGCCGCAUCCUCAAUCAAGUGGAAAAGAACAUGCAGAAGGUGGAAGAGGAAGGGGAGAUUGUGAUGGUGAAGGAGCACAGGGAGCUUGACCGCACUGGAACGAGAAAAGGUCACAUUGUCAUCAAGGGAACAGCUGAAAGGUUAACAAUGCAUUUGGUGGAAGAACAUUCUGUGGUAGACCCAACAUUUAUAGAAGACUUCCUGUUGACGUAUCGGACCUUUCUUUCCAGCCCAAUGGAAGUGGGCAAGAAGUUGUUGGAGUGGUUCAAUGACCCCAGCCUCAGGGACAAGGUUACACGGGUAGUAUUGUUGUGGGUGAACAAUCACUUCAAUGAUUUUGAAGGAGAUCCUGCUAUGACUCGAUUUCUGGAAGAAUUUGAGAACAAUUUGGAGAGGGAGAAAAUGGGUGGACAUUUGAGGCUGUUAAAUAUUGCUUGUGCUGCUAAAGCUAAACGAAGAUUGAUAACCUUAACAAAGCCAUCUCGAGAAGCCCCUUUGCCUUUUAUCUUGCUGGGAGGGUCAGAAAAGGGAUUUGGAAUCUUUGUUGACAGCGUAGAUUUUGGUAGCAAAGCUACAGAAGCAGGCUUGAAACGUGGAGACCAGAUACUGGAAGUGAAUGGUCAAAACUUUGAAAACAUUCAGCUGUCAAAAGCCAUGGAAAUCCUUAGAAAUAACACUCAUUUGUCUAUCACUGUGAAAACCAAUUUAUUUGUUUUUAAAGAACUCUUGACACGGUUGUCAGAGGAAAAAAGAAAUGGUGCUCCCCACCUGCCUAAAAUUGGUGAUAUUAAAAAGGCAAGUCGUUAUUCCAUCCCAGACCUUGCUGUUGAUGUGGAGCAGGUAAUAGGAUUAGAAAAAGUAAAUAAGAAAAGUAAAGCCAACACAGUUGGGGGAAGAAAUAAAUUAAAGAAGAUACUUGACAAGACUCGAAUCAGUAUUCUGCCUCAGAAACCAUACAAGUGAGUUUUUUAUU